AUGACGGAUAAAAAGUCGGGCUGGGCCCAGGGAGAAUCCCUAUGUCAGGAACUUCUACCCGGCUCCCAUAUGGCCUCGUUUCACAGCAAGGAUGAGGCCACUUGGAUGGGAAGUUGGUCUUUUUUCGAUUUUUCAGUAGCUGAAUCAUUAGGAGCUUCGAUAAUACUCAUUAGUUCUUAAAUCGUUCUACCGUAACCCAACUACAGUAAGAGCUCGGAAAUGGCGUCUGUUUUCAUGACGUCAUAUUAUAAAAAGAUUUUUAUAGUGUUCGUUGUUUUUUCGGAAUGAUAGAGGCUUGAAAAUAUUUUAUCAAUUAUUCUACUCAAUUCAGACACGUACAAAAUCGGCGGCACUCUACUCUCGUGGGUCGGGAUGAGCAGUGUGAAUUUUUUUUUUCCAUUACUCAAAAUAUGAGAGGUACUGGAAAACGUGAAAAAGAGAUUGCAGAAAGUCAGACAGUUUUUUUGUUGACAAAGUAUAUCAGAAGUUCCAACUUUCACCGAAAAAGAAAGGAAAAAAAAAGCAGCCAUUAUGGUAGCUUUUAUAGCCCAUUCCGCGCCAGCUUCAUUUUCCUCCAACUACAGAACCUUUCGGGGGAGCUUCCCUCCGAAGCGCGCGGUCUAUCUCUGUGCAUGCGCCUUUAAAAUAACGAUAUUUUCCCCUAACAUUAAGACGCCUGAGUUUUUUUUUUCAAUCCAAAGUUCCCGUCAUGUUAAAGGCGCAUGUAAAAUGGCAGGUCGCGCGCAUCGAAGGGAAGCUUCCGGGAAGGGUUCUGUAGCUUGAAGGUAAAUAAAAAUCGUGACAAGCUGACGUGGAAUGAAGUAUAGACACUUUAAAGAUUCAACGACUCUUUGAGUUCAGAAAAACGGUGUCUGGACUUGGACGGAUGGCACCCCAGUCGACUUUAUCUACUGGAGUCCUGGCUAUCCAAUGGCAAUAACCACGGAUCCCGACAACACUUGUGUCGAGGUUUUCUAUGUUCAUUGCUUUUGAAGUUAUGUACCACAUCGCUAAUAAUUUUUUUUGAAUUCCUUAAGAAGAUGAUCGAGUUUAGGAUGUGCUAUGGGUUUUUAAAACUUGAAGAAGCUGAGAAAGUAUUUUGAGGUUCUGGGAGGUUUGAGAUGUUAUAGAGACUUCAAAAUUUAAAAAAAUAAUAUUGAAAUUGUGUUUUGAGCUUUUUUGGGCUUUUGAGACUAAAUAUACUAAAGACUUCAAAGUUUGAAACAAAAAAACUGAUAUAGUAUUUUGAGCUUCUUUGAGCUUUCAUAUGUUCCGAAAGCCUUAAAAUCCAAAAAUAAAAAGUUGAGAUUAUUUUUUUUAGCUUCCAGGAGCUUUCUAGAUUUCACAAGAACGGAUGGAAUGCGUCCAAAAAUUUUUGACUUUUUAUUAAAAUUAUAACUCUCCAAAAACCCUUCAAAAUAAUAUUUUCCAGGGAUUUGAGAGGUUUUCGACGUGCCAGAAGAUGAUAAACUGAAACUAGGGGUUUUGAAACUUUAUAAAUUUCAGAACAUGUUUCAAAAUCGAAAAAAGGAGCUAUAAAAUAGUGUUUUGAAGCUCUGGAAACUUCAGGAGCUAUUAGAACAAGUCUAAGAUUUUUAGGCCUCUAAUGCCGUGUUCAAUUUGAUUCCGCGAAACGCAAAAUACCCGUUAGAAAAAGGAAAAGAUCACUAGAUUUUGGAGAGUCAGAGAUCAUUUUGCAUUUCGCGGAAAUUACUUUGAACACGGCAUAAAAAAAUUUUUUUAAUAUUAAGACGUUUAAAAACUCGGGCAAGUAGUUUCAAAAUAGCUUUUCCCAAAUUUUGGAAGCUUACUAAACCUUCCAUGAGCUGGUAGAGAGAAUCUUGAAAAGCCGAGAGCUUCGUGAAAAUUUAAAAUGGUUUUUUUAACUUUUGUUCAUGCUCAGAUGAUAUAGUGAGACUAGGUAAUUCCAUCUUUUAAAAAUUUUUUUAAAGUUCCAGAAAAAAAUUUUUUUAAGAAAUGUCUCUUUAAUUUUACGUAUACGACUUUUUACUGAAUUUUUUUCAGAUGUACUGGGUUUUCAUGUCUGGAUUACUCGGAGUGAAAGUCGGACAGUUGCUCAACUGGGACUGCAACGAACAAAUCAGCACGAUUUGUAAAUGUGACCCGGUGCAGUGUGAGUUUGAAGCUGAGAAAAUUGAGAAAAUGACUUUUUUGAAGUGACGACUCCGCCACCACCCACCACCACUACAACUCCGACGACGUAAAUACGAAGAAUUUUUAAAAAAUGGUUGAGAUUUUUUCAGCACUACCACAACCCCCACUACUACUUCUACAACUUCGACCACGUAGGAAAAAAAUAAUCUCAGUGUAGAAAAUUGGGGAAUUUUUUUUAGUACCACCACGACUCCAACCACUACUUCUACAACUCCGACGACGUAGGAAAAAAAAAUUUAUUGUAGAAAAUCGGGGAUUUUUUUUAAGCACGACGCCUACAACGACCCCCACAACCACCACCACGCCAACGUAGGAAAAAAAAAAUUUAGUUUAUGAAUUUUUGAAUUUUUCAGUACAACUACGACGCCAACCACCACCACUACAACUCCGACGACGUAAAAAUUAAUUCAGAGUUGGAAAUUGGGAAUUUUUUUCAGUACGACGCCCACCACUACCCCUACAACCACCACCACGCCAACGUAGGAAAAAAAUUUUAUUUUAGGAACUUUCGAAUUUUUUUUCAGUACUACAACGACGCCAACAACCACCACUACAACUCCGACGACGUAAAAAUGAAUACAGAUUGGAAAAAUCAGGAAUUUUUUUCAGUACGACGCCUACCACGACCCCCACAACCACCACCACGCCGACGUAAGGAAAAAAAUGAAUUUUAAAAAAAUUAGAUUUUUGAAUUUUUAAAAAAAUUAGAUUUUUUUGAAAAAAAUAAAAAAACCUGAAAAUUAGAUUUUUUUAAGUACAACCACGACGCCAACAACAACUCCAACGACGUGAAAAAAACAAUAAAUUCAGUUUGAAAAAAAUCAGAAUUUUUUUAGUACGACGCCUACAACUACCCCUACAACCACCACGACGCCGACGUAAGGAAAAAUGAAUUUUUUUUUAAGUCGAAUUUUUUCCAGUACAACCACGACGCCAACAACAACUCCGACGACGUGAAAAAUAAAAAAUUCAGUUUAGAUAUUCAGAAAAUUUUUUUAGUACGACGCCUACAACGACCCCUACCACCACCACGACGCCGACGUAAGGAAAAAAAAAUUCAGAUCAGGAAAUCGGGAACUUUUUAGUACAACUACAACUCCUACAACCACAACGACGCCUACAACAACGUAAGAAAAAUAGUUUAUUCGAGCCAAAAAAUGAAGCCACAAAGACAAAAGCUCAAAAAAAAAAUCAGUUUUUCCGAGUAUUCAUCAAAUUUUUAUCGGAAUAUUCAGUACAUUGAGCUGAGAAGUCUGAUAAUGCUGUUCCUAAAAGCUUUCAAAGAUUUUCAGGUUCUUUUAUUUUUCAAUUAUCCCUCAAUUUCGUAGAAGAAGUUGCCUUGAAAUUUAAUCCAAUAAAUGAAAAAAUCAAAAAUUCUUCAAAUUUGCUCUAAAAACUUGAUCUGAAUUCAAUUUUGGGUCAAUUUCGUGUAGAUUCUCCAAAAGGUGUCGCCAACCAUCUUGAAAUUGUUCAGAAAUCGUUUUAUCCUCUGCUAAAAAAAAUUCUCAGGAAGGUGAAUUUUCAUGAACCCAAGGUAUUCGAGCAAUGAAUGAGGAGAUUCAGAAGCACGACUACCACAGCUCCUACCACUACUUCCACGACGCCUACAACGACUACAGAAGAACCAUCGACGACGACGGCAAGGUUUUGAUUUGUUAAAGUUGAAAAUAAGCUGGAAAAACGUGGUUCAGCACCAGUACAGCUCCUCCAACAACCACCACGACGCCUACGACGACUACGGAAGCGCCCACGACGACAACGGCUAGGUUUGGGAAGAUUCAGGCAGAACACAGAUUGAAGAAGAGUUUUAGCACCAGUACAGCACCUCCUACGACGACCACGACGCCUACGACGACUACAGAAGCGCCAACGACGACAACAGACGCGCCAACGACAACAACGGCUAGGUUUGGGAAGAUUCGGGCAGAACACAGAUUGAAGAAGAGUUUUAGCACCAGUACAGCACCUCCUACGACGACCACAACGCCUACGACGACUACAGAAGCGCCGACGAUGACAACGGCUAGGUUUAGAUGGCUUCAGAGUUUUAUUAGGUAGAAAAAGACGUUCAGCACUAGUACAGCUUCUUCGACAACCACCACGGCGCCGACGACGACAACAGCUAGGUUUUAGAAGAUUCAGAGAAAAAUACUGAAAACAAUCGUCAGCACAAGUACAGCGCCUCCAACAACCACCAAGACAGCUACGACGACUACAGAAGAGCUAACGACAACAACGGCGAGGUUUAGAUGAAAUCGGCUUCGAAAUAAGUCCAAAUACGUUCAGCACAAGUACCGCUUCUUCGACGACUACCACGACGCCGACGACGACAGCGGCGAGGUUUGAAUAAAUAAAAAUUCAGCUUUCAAGUGACCGAUGAAGCUGCAACUCUGAGAACGUGUUUUAAAUCGUUUCAUCAUGUUUCAAUGCGUUCAGACGCUUGUUUCCGAAAUAAGAAGGGCAAAAAAUGAGAACUGUUCAAAUCUGGACAAAACUAAUUAAUAAUUCACUUUAUUUAGAUUAAUCCUAAGUUUUUUAUACACGGAUAGGCGUCGCAAUCCAUUAAGACAUGCUAGUGGAAUAUUCACUGGAAGUAUAAGCUUUAUAAGCAACACUUAUCAGCAAAGUCAUCUCAAAAUUUGAUUUUCUUGAAGCUGGGUCGGCAGGGCUGAUCAUAGUGUUGCAUAUGAUUUGAAAUUUGCCACUUUUCGGAUUUUUUUUGUCUCAAAAUCAAGCACAGAGUGACCGAAAACGUGUGAUUGAAAUUUUGAAGUUAGAAAAAAGUCUUGGAUUUGCGAUCGCGGUUCGUUGUGGGCCAUGAAGGAAUAAAUCGAGCUUUUGUAUAUUAUUUGAUGUUCAGCACUACUACAGCUUCUCCUACAACCACCACGACGCCUACGACGACUACCGAAGCGGCUACGACGAGGUUUAGAUCAACUGGAACUUGAAAUAGGUUUAAAAGACGUUCAGCACUAGUACUGCUCUUCCAACAACCACCACGUCGCCUACGACGACUACAGAAGCGGUCACGACGACAACUGCUAGGUUCAGAUGACUUCAGGUUUUUAAUGAUUAAAAAAGACGUUCAGCACUACUACAGCUUCUUCUACAACUACCACGACGCCUACGACGACAACGGCUAGGUUUAGAUUAUUUCAGAAGUUUAUUAAGUGUGAAAAUAUAUUUAGCACUAGUACAGCUUCUUCUACAACCACCACGGCGCCUACGACGACAACGGCUAGGUUUGAUUUUGGCGAAACAUAGGUCCAAGAAAAGUUUCAGCACCAGUACAGCUACUACGACCACGACGCCUUCAACAACAACUUCAGAAGCUCAGACGACGACAACGGCUAGGUUUGGAUAGCUCCUGCUUGGUUAUGAAUUCGAGAAGGUUCCAGUACUAGUACAGCUCCUCCUACGACGACCACGCUUCUUACCACCACUAGCACUGCUCCGACAAGGUUCGGAAUGAGUGUUGAGCAUCUCCAGACCUGAGAAUUUAGCACGACCACUGUAGGAAGUCCAACGACGACGUCAAAAUCUACAGAAGUUCCGAGUAGUACCACGACAGGACAAUCAACCACCACUACAGCGUCUAGCACGUCUACAAAGACUCCUGAAUCUUCAACGUCAUCCAGUACGACUUCGAGCACGACGACGAAGCUUCCUUCAACUCAAACCCCUCCUACUCCCUUCUCAAGCACGACUACAAAGCUCCCAGAAACUUCUACCUCCUCGAGCUCCACUUCCAAAGCUUCUACCAAGCCGCCGACAACUUCCUUGUCAACUUCAAAAGCUCCAACGACCACCGUCAAGCCGGCUACUACUCCGAAAACACCUACACCUGGCCUUUGUGCCUCGAAAUGUCCACCGAAAUGGGUCGUACACGAUGGAAUUUGUUACUUGGUCUGUUUUUCAGCGUCUUUCUUAGAAAAACUACAAAGUUUAAAGAUGGUUAAUGCGACGGCGACCUGGAUCCAGGCUGACCAAGUUUGUAAAAAUCUUGGGGCUCAUUUAGCCGUUAUACCAUCGGCGGCUGUCGGAAAUUCAUUGAGAAGUUUGUUUGAAUACUAUUUGGCUUCAAAAAAUUUGAUCCUUUAGAAGCCUUUGAUUUGAACAAAUCCUAUGCAAUCGGUCAGCAAGUUUGGAUUGGAAUCAAGGUUCAAAAACUCAUUUUUCGAAAAAUGAAUGACUUUCAAGGCUCCUUGGAAAACCUGGUCAGAUGGAUCAUCUGUUUCCUACACGAAUUGGGCGACGAAACAGCCGGAUUCCGCUGAAGGGACCACUUAUUCGUAUUGUGGGACGGUUCGUUUUUGUCUCAUUUUGAGAGCUCAAACUUGGAGUUCUAGAAAAAUAGUUAUACCGUUGGAUAGUGCUUGAAAUGAACUUCAAAGGGAUCUGAAUUUUUAAAUACACAAGAAAUUUUUUGAGAUUGAAACAGCUACUUAUAACACUAAAGGCGUCGUUAAUUCCCAUUUUAGGCGGUUUGGACCAAAGUGAACUUUCGGAGCUUAGGAUUUUUCGAAGUGAUAGUCAUAUCAUUAGAAAGAGCUUUGUUUGAGCUUCAAAAUGAUAGAAAAUUUGAAGAAUUUACCUUAAUUUGAUCACUGAACAGUGAACUUUAAACUAAUGACGUCACUAAGUUCAAAUUUUUGGUUGAUAAGGUUAAAAAUGAAAAUUCGGAGCAUGAACUAGGAGUUUCCAAGUGAUAGUCAUAUCAUUGAAAAGAGCUUGGUUUGAGCUUCAAAAUGAUAUAAACUUUUUGAAAUGUAUUCUUUUUUGAUAACUAAACAGUGAGCUUUAAACGAAUGACGUCAUUAAGUGCAAUUUUAGGUUGAUCAGGUAAAAUAAGAAUUUUCUGAGCUUGAACUAGGAGUUUCCAAGGGAUAGUCUUAUUAUUGGAAAGAGCUUGGUUUGAGCUUAAAAAUGACAUAAAAUUUGAAGAACUCACUUAAUUUUGACGACUAAUAGUGAAAUUUCAACUGAAGUGGUCAAUUAGUUCAAUUUUAAGUUGACCAGGUAAAAUAGGAACUUUCUGAGCUCAAACUGAGAGUUUUCAAGUGAUAGUGAUAUCAUUAAAAAGACCAUGAAACAAGCUUUAAAAUGAUACAAAAUCAAUUUUCAGUUCGUUCUGACGACCCUUUCAAAGGACAGUAAAUGGGGAACGACAAGAGCAGUCUGGAAUGACUACCCCUGUACACUACGGCAACAACUGGCACUUUGCCAGAAACCGAUUUGA